AUGCAGCUCCCGUCCUCCGCCGCCGGAGAGCCUGGGCCUGCGGACACCGCCUCCCAAGGGCGGCCAAGUCGCCCGCCCGCCGGCCUGGGGCUCGCAGGCCGCCCUCGCCCCGUCCCGGCCGGACCCGCGCGCAGCCCACCUGCCGACCGCGCGGGGGGGCGCGCGCGCCUGCCCCGCCGCUUUGUUCCUCAUCCGGGCAGACCUCGCCUCGGGCCCUCCCCGCCCGCACGACCCCCGCGCCCCGGGGGCCGCUCGCCUAACGUUUCCCGCCCGGCCCGGCCCGGCCCAGCCCGGCCCAGCCCGCGGUCUCCUCAGGGCCGCACCCUCCAAGGCGCGUUUCCGGCUCCUCAGCCACUCUCGGCGCCCGCCGCUCCGCCCCUCGUGCGUGCGCCCCUCCCGGCCACGGCCCGCAAGCGGCGCCCGCGCGCUUACUCCCGCUCCCCUGGCCCAUCCCCCCACUCCCGCGCGUGCGCGCGGCGGGGACCCCCCGGCCGGAGGGGGCGGGCCGUGAGAGGCUCGGCCUGGAGCGUCGCAUCUCAGUCCGGCCCGGUCGAAUCGAUCGCCGAGCAAUCGACCCCGUUGCUAAGUAACCGGGGCUGGCCGGAGCCCUGGGAGCCGGUUCUGAGUCGCAAAAAUCCCCCAGACUUUGGGUUUCGGUCUUCAUGGCAUCCUUCAGUUAGGAAAGCAUGGGUUCACGCAAGCCUACAAGAUUUGAAAUAA